AUGACUGAGAUUCUACGCAUCCGAGCGACUUGGGGAGUCGAUGGAGGGAAGAAUUACGAGAAUUUCGCACGAUGGUUCCCGGAACUGAAAGCUAAAGGAUACGCUGGAAUCGAAAUCAAUGUCAACGGCGAAUCAGACUUCCUUCCAGAUCUCCCCGUCCUCAGGAAGCUCUGCGACGACAAUGGACUAGAGAUCGUCACUCAGGUUGUUUCCCACUGGCCACACGCAGCUGGUCCUCGACCUGUUGGCCUUCAACCACAACAACAUGCGGAAUAUUACCGAAGGCAGUUGGAAAAGGCCAAGGAAUUGCGCCCACUCAAGAUCAAUGCCCAGUCUGGCGCGUACGUAUACUCCAGCUCCAGGGAUUAUUUAGUGUCUAAAAACAACAUCGAAAUGCUGACCAGUAAGCACAGGGAUUACUGGACCCUGGAAGAAUCUGUAGAAUUCUACAAGGCAACCAUUGAGAUUGACGCUGAGCUCGGGCUAUCUGGCAAGGUGGUCCACGAGACGCAUCGUAACCGCUCUCUUUUUACCCCAUAUGCCACAGCGCAUAUCAUCCGCGAAGUGCCAAGGCUUCGCAUUACUGGUGAUUUCUCCCACCACGUUGUCUGCUGCGAGCGACUCCUAGAUCUUGGAGAAGAGGACAAACAGCUUCUCACAGAGAUAAUCCCACGCGUCUCCCAUAUUCACGCCCGCAUUGGAACAACACAAGGCUCUCAGUGCCCGGAUCCAUCAGACCCCACGUUCGUCGCUGAGAAGACGUUUUUCGACAACCUCUGGACCAGAAUUGUAAGGGACUGGGCUAAGAACAACCCCGGUACUCCCGUAACCUUCACUCCCGAAUACGGUCCUUACCCAUACCAUGCUUAUAACGCUGUGAGGGAUUAUUCAGAGGUUGCCGAUACGGAAGGGGCCCGGUUACAGAGUCUCUUCCAAGCGACGCUGGCCAGUGCAAACUGA